CAUUUAUAACUUUCCAGAACGCUCUUGGAGAGGUUUCACUCUCACGGUAUAUUGGUUUGGAAGAUGUCCCUAAAGAAUUCCAAGUCAGGAUUCUCUGUCCGCGAUAUUUUAGACCUCCCGGACACGAGCGAUGAAGGAUCGGUGACUGAAGACACUGAGGAUGAGGCGGAUGAAGGGUUUUCUGGAAAUCAGCAGCGCGCAUCCUCUGGAGAUGCGCUUUGGCUCGGAUCUCCAUGUGGCCACAAAUAUCCAUCAGUGCCAUCCGCAUCUCCAGAGGAAUUAACUCCAGAACUGUCCACGGAUGAGUCUGUUGAUCGGGACAGAGAGAGUUCAGAGGACUCGGGGAAAAAGCGCAAAAGGAGAAUCCUGUUUUCAAAGGCUCAAACGUUUGAACUGGAGAGACGCUUCAGGCAACAGAGAUACUUAUCCGCGCCUGAGAGAGAACAUCUAGCUAAGGUCUUACAAUUGACUCCAACGCAAGUGAAGAUUUGGUUCCAGAAUCAUCGGUACAAAGUGAAAAGAGCCCGAGCCGAGAAAGGAAUGGACCCGUAUCUGCUCUCUCCGCGCCGGGUUUCUAUUCCCGUUCUGGUGAGGGACGGAAGACCGUGCCAUGUUCUCAGUCCUCAGGACAUCACUGCUGCUGUUCCAGCAGCGGCACCAUAUUGUGCAUUUAAUAUGAAGCAAUUCCCUCAAAUUCAGCACUGUCACAACAUCUGCUCCAGCAUCACGACACAUCUGACAUCUGUCAGUCAUCUGGGCCACAUGCAGCCGUGGUCCUGGUGAAGAGCUCCUUAUGGAGAGUUUUUACGCAACGGAACUUUCGCUUCACUAAUUAGGCUA